CGAUGGUCUCAUCUUUUAUAGCGCCACCUACCGGAAGAGUAAAUCGAAAGGAAAACUCCAUCGUCAAGGCCGGUUUUCGGGUGGAAAAUGUGUCGCUUUGGGUUUGUUAUAAAAGCGGACGAUAUUUGGGUCAAACGAUCACAGUUCACUUGCAACGUUUUCGCGAUCAAAUCCAAUCAAUCGGAGCACUCAACUGUAAACAUGAAGGGAUUCAUCGCGAUCGCUGUCCUGGCUCUGGCCGCUGUCUCCAACGGAUCAUACCUGCCAGCUGUGCAGUCGGUCUUUCCGUACUCCUACAGCUCUGGACUCUAUGGCCUGAACGGCUAUGACGGUCUGGGCCAUUAUUCGGGACUUGCUGGACUGGGAUACUCCUCGGUGCUGGAUCAUGGACUGUCCUACCCGUACUCUGUCUACAACAACGGUCUGUAUGGAGGAUACUACGGCGCCAAGGUCGCUCCGACUGUGGUCCAGGCCAACCUCCACACUCUGAAGACAGUCAGCCCUCUGGGUGUGUAUGGAGGAUACUACGGUGCCAAGGUCGCUCCGACUGUCGUCCAGGCCAACGUCAACACCCUGAAGACGGUCAGCCCUCUGGGUCUGUAUGGAGGAUACUACGGCGCCAAGGUCGCUCCGACUGUGGUCCAGGCCAACCUCCACACUCUGAAGACAGUCAGCCCUCUGGGUGUGUAUGGAGGAUACUACGGUGCCAAGGUCGCUCCGACUGUCGUCCAGGCCAACGUCAACACCCUGAAGACGGUCAGCCCUCUGGGUCUGUAUGGAGGAUACUACGGCGCCAAGGUCGCUCCGACUGUGGUCCAGCCCAACCUCCACACUCUGAAGACAGUCAGCCCUCUGGGUGUGUAUGGAGGAUACUACGGUGCCAAGGUCGCUCCGACUGUCGUCCAGGCCAACGUCAACACCCUGAAGACGGUCAGCCCUCUGGGUCUGUAUGGAGGAUACGGUGUGGAGCACGGAUACGGUCUGGGUCACGGAUAUGGCUACGGAUACAACAACUACCUCCCAGUCCAGGCUCAUGCUGCGAAGUACAUUGCUGCCAAUCCGGGAGCCGUCCAUGUGGCCCCUCUCCCAGGACAUCUAGUCAACCAGAAGUCGAUUGUGGCGUAAAUGAAUGUGAUAAUGAUCAAUUGGACAGGCGUGUGUAAAUAAACCAAGGUUUUUCCUGAAAGUA